UGUAACGAAAUUCUACACAGAACCACAUUCAGUCACUCACCUGCAUUCACGUAGUCUCUUUUUACUCCAGAAAAAAAAUUUACUUUUGAAUUAAACAUUUUUUAAGUGAAUUUGACUUGAUGCUGAAAAUGAAGGUAUCCGGACUCGUUUUGGCCAUUUGUUUGGCGGUGGUCGUCAAGUCUCAAUUAAUCGAUUACGACGAAUUGGCUGGCGAUUACGGACUGCGUAAAUUAUCCAAGAAAUUUCAACGUUCCACUCAGACUGGAGGCUACCAACAACAGCAAACGGCCGGCAAUUCAGGCUACAACAACCAACAACAACAACCGGGAAAUUACGGACAGCAGCAACAGAGCAGCGGAGCAGAUUAUCCGCAACAACAACAAGCAACAACACCAGCAACACCGCCAGCAAAUUAUCAACAACCCCAACAAUCCUCUACAGGAGGUUAUCAACAACAGACUCUUGCUGGAGGUUAUCAACCAGCGGCCAAUUCCGGAUACCAACAAGAGAAUCAAAAAGCAUCCGCCGGAUCCUACCAGAACGAGAAACCUACCGCAGCUUACGGUAAGGACAACAACAACGGAGCCAGCAGCAACUCUUACGACACCAAGGAAAAGGGAAUGCCGUACGAUUUCUCCUGGGCCGUCAAAGACGAGCCGAGCAACAACGACUACGCCCAUCAAGAGAAAAGUGACGGCCAAGUCGUCACCGGAUCUUAUCGAGUUUUGCUUCCGGAUGGACGCACUCAGAUCGUCACGUAUCGAGUCGAAGGAGACAGCGGAUACGUGGCUCAAGUCAAAUACGAAGGCGAAGCCAAACCCUAUGUUCCUCCGGCCAAAACCAACAACAACAACAAUUAUGAUUCCGCCGCUUCCGGAACUACUGGCUACCAACAGCAACAAGGACCUGCUUCCAGUGCAUCGGCUUAUGCUGGGGCUGGCACUUCUUCUUCUCCUUCAGGUACUGGUUACCAACAGCAACAAGGAUCUACUUCCGGCGGAUCAUCUUAUGGCAGCUCUUCUUCCGGCAGUCAACAAGGAAUAGCUUCAGCUUCAUACGGACAAGUACCAACGCAGUCAGCAGCCGGAUCUUCUUCCCAGGGAUCAUACGACACUGUUCAGAAACCCGCAACAAGCGUCUACGUGCCUCCAGCUGCCCAGUCACAAUCCAGCAACAAUUACGGAGCGGCUGGUGUUGCUGCUGGCAGUGGUGGGUAUGGAUCUGCCAGCCAAUUGGCCGGAUACCAACAACAGCAACAACCAGCAUCCAGCAGCUAUGGAACUGCUGCUCCUACAAAUGGCCAGAAUAGUUACGGGUCCCAGCAAGGAGGAUCGUCUUAUGGAAACGGUGGCAAUGCCCAGCAGAAACCUUCCGACAGUUACUUGCCUCCACCACCUCCUCCUGCAGCCGCUGCUUAUUCGGCUGGAUCAUCGGCCAGCUACGGAGCUCAACAGUCUUCUUCUUCUUCAUCCAAUUACGGCGAUACUGCAGCACCUGCCCAGCAAGGAUCAUCUUACGAACAGAAUAAACCCAGCGACAGUUACCUGCCACCCCCACCAGCCCCGGCUGCUAACGCUUAUCCUUCAGCCAGUGCUGGACAAGGAUCUUCCGGCAACUACGGAGCUGCUCCCCAACAACAAUCUUCAUCGUACGGAUCGACGCAAUCAUCAGCUGCUGCUUCUUACGAGAAACCCAGCGACAGCUACUUACCCCCACCUGCUGCUGCCACUUCAGCAGCAGCCGGACAAGGAUCUGCCGAUUACGGAGCUCAAUCUUCGGCUUCAUACGAAGAGCCCAGCAGCAGUUAUUUACCUCCUCCUCCUCCUUCUCCUGUCUACCAGCAGCAAGCGACGCCGGCCUAUCAAAGCAACAGCGCCCAGACACCGGCAGACACUUACCUGCCACCCACUGCCACCUAUCAAUCAGCUGCUGGCCCAACAGCCUCUAAUUACGGGGCCGCUCAACAACCCGGGUACAACCAACCAUCCGCAAUCAGCAGCAAACCAUCCGAUAGUUACCUGCCACCGACGGCCGUUUUCCAGCAAUCGGCCGCUUCCGCAGGAUCGUACGCCAUGAGCCAAGGAAACGGUUACAGCAGCCGACAAGGAUUGGCCGGCAGUACGGAAGAAACGACGACGUACAGCAGCAGCAUUGCCGACGGCCAAUUGUUUCACGGCGACUACCACCAGAAAGUAGCGUCGACAACAACAACAGCGUCGUAUGGCGAAGCGGCGUCCACUUUCUACAAUCAGCAAGGAUUCGCUUCAUCGGGAAUCAACGGUGCCACUUCUUCUUCCACCGCCAAUUAUCCAGCAGGUAACGCCCUUGGCGGUUCAACGGCCAAUAGUUACAACCGAGCUCGGUCAGUCGUCUAUUCUCCUGUAGGAUGGCGUUUAUUUUAACUUAAAGUGCCUUUAUCCAAAAAGAUAUAAAAAUUAGAAAGCCAAUCGCCAUUCGGGAAUAACAUCCCAUUUAUUAGUACUUUUUAGCUUAAUCAAUAACAAAUGGCUUAGUAAUAUUUACAUUUAAUAAUAGUAAUAAUUAAUCAUCGUCUCUAUAUUUCCCGAUGCUGCUGUUUCAUCCCCACUCAAUUUAUGUAUACGUACUAUCAAAUUACUAUGGAAAAUAAUAAUACACUUGUGCUCAGCAUUUUUACAAAUAA